GGGAGGCGGGGACGCGGUGGCGGCGGCGGUUUCUCCGGUCGAGUCUGUCUCACUCACUGGGGAGCCUCGCCGUGGCGGCACCUUCGGGAGGCAAAGCAGCGGCGCCGUGAGCCCGCCGGCCAGCAAGUGGGAGGUCGGACAGACUGACGGCAGAGCCGACGGACGGACAGACAGACGGACAGCGGGGCAGCCAGACGGCCCGAGUCGCCUCAAGUUCCGCCAUGAGCUGGGGCACGGAGCUGUGGGAUCAGUUCGACAGCUUAGACAAGCAUACACAAUGGGGAAUUGACUUCUUGGAAAGAUAUGCCAAAUUUGUUAAAGAGAGGAUAGAAAUUGAACAGAACUAUGCGAAACAAUUGAGAAAUCUGGUUAAGAAGUACUGUCCCAAACGUUCCUCCAAAGAUGAAGAGCCAAGGUUUACCUCGUGUAUAGCCUUUUUUAACAUCCUUAACGAGUUAAAUGACUAUGCAGGACAGCGAGAAGUAGUAGCAGAAGAAAUGGCGCACAGAGUUUAUGGUGAAUUAAUGAGAUAUGCUCAUGAUCUGAAAACUGAAAGAAAAAUGCAUCUUCAAGAGGGACGAAAAGCUCAACAAUACCUUGACAUGUGCUGGAAACAGAUGGAUAAUAGUAAAAAGAAAUUUGAAAGAGAAUGUAGAGAGGCAGAAAAGGCACAACAGAGUUAUGAAAGAUUGGAUAAUGAUACUAAUGCAACCAAGGCAGAUGUUGAAAAGGCUAAACAGCAGUUGAAUCUGCGUACGCAUAUGGCUGAUGAAAAUAAAAAUGAAUAUGCUGCACAAUUACAGAACUUUAAUGGAGAGCAACACAAGCAUUUCUACGUAGUGAUUCCUCAGAUUUACAAGCAACUACAAGAAAUGGAUGAACGAAGGACGAUCAAACUCAGUGAGUGUUACAGAGGAUUUGCAGACUCAGAACGCAAAGUUAUUCCUAUCAUUUCAAAAUGUUUGGAAGGAAUGAUUCUUGCAGCAAAAUCAGUUGAUGAAAGAAGAGACUCUCAGAUGGUAGUAGACUCUUUCAAGUCUGGAUUUGAGCCUCCAGGAGACUUUCCAUUUGAAGAUUACAGUCAGCAUAUUUAUAGAACCAUUUCUGAUGGGACUAUCAGUGCAUCCAAACAGGAAAUCGGGAAGGUGGAUGCCAAAACCACAGUAGGAAAGGCCAAGGGCAAGUUGUGGCUCUUUGGAAAGAAGCCUAAGGGCCCAGCGCUAGAAGAUUUCAGUCAUCUGCCACCAGAACAAAGACGUAAAAAACUACAGCAGCGCAUUGAUGAACUUAACAGAGAACUUCAAAAAGAAUCAGACCAAAAAGAAGCACUCAACAAAAUGAAAGACGUGUAUGAGAAAAAUCCACAAAUGGGGGAUCCAGGGAGUUUGCAGCCUAAGUUAGCAGAAACCAUGAAUAACAUUGACCGCCUGCGAAUGGAAAUCCACAAGAAUGAGGCUUGGCUCUCUGAAGUUGAAGGCAAAACAGGUGGGAGAGGAGACAGAAGACAUAGCAGUGACAUAAAUCAUCUUGUAACCCAGGGACGAGAAAGUCCUGAGGGAAGUUACACUGAUGAUGCAAACCAAGAAGUCCGUGGACCACCGCAACAGCAUGGUCACCACAGUGAGUUUGAUGAUGAAUUUGAAGAUGAUGAUCCCUUGCCUGCUAUUGGACAUUGCAAAGCUAUCUACCCUUUCGAUGGACAUAAUGAAGGUACUCUGGCAAUGAAAGAAGGCGAAGUUCUAUACAUUAUCGAAGAGGACAAAGGGGAUGGAUGGACAAGAGCUCGGAGACAGAACGGUGAAGAAGGCUACGUUCCCACAUCAUACAUAGAUGUUACUCUAGAGAAAAACAGUAAAGGUGCAGUAACUUACAUCUAAACUAACCAGGCAGCUUUGUUACAUGUGUGACCUAGGAACAGUAACAGGACGAAAACACGUUGAAUAGCUGGGAAAACAUAAGAAAACUUAAAGGGCAUCCAAGAUUUCUUGUUCACUAUGUGAGCUGAGUGUAGGCCCGAUCUUAGAGAUGUGAUUAUUACCACAAGAAACGGUUCUCGUGAUGCUUUACCAUUUGAGUGAUGUUGCUGUGAAGCUUACUUGAUGCCUUUUGCUUUAUGUCCUGCUUAAGUCUGUGUGAAGGAGUUGUGUUUCUUUGCCUUAUAAAUCAUAGAAUUUGAUCUAUUGAGCAGGAAUCCGUAGAUAGAAAACUCCCCACCCUCCUACACUUGGCUGCAGAAAGCACAGUGACUGUAGUGAGUUCAAAUAAGUAAAACUGCUCUGAAAUGCUAUAGAAAGCUGACUCCCAAAAGAAUGGUUUGCUCUAGGAGUUUGAAUUUAGCUGCAGUUUUCAGGAAGAAAAGUAAUAGUUGGCUAAUUGGAUAAAAUAAGAAUGUAAUCAUUUUCAUUUUCCUACCUAUUCUUAACUUUGGUUUCCUAAAGGAAGAAAACAAGCACCUAGCACAUAAUCUAUUUUAGUAGUAGUCCAAUCAAGAGACCUGCAAAGUAAAUCAACCUGGUCUGGCUCUUAGGUGAAUAAAAUGGCUUUCUUUUGAGACCUGAAAAUAUUUUCAGGCUUAGUCCUCGUAAAUAAUGUGCAAAAAAAAAGCUUCUUUCCAAAUUAAUUUAAUGCUUAUAUUUUUCAUCUUGAAAAUUUCUUGGGAAGUAUAACUUCAGUGAUUAUUUAGCAUUUAGCAGUUAUACAUAGGAAAGUAAAUUCUAAAUAAACUAAGAGGAAAUCUUGAAUGGAGGGGAAGUACCAGGAAAUUUUACUUUGAAAAGAAAAACAACAUUUUUGACUAACUGGGUUAGAGGAAGAUAUCUGUGCCACCAUUUAGGGCAUUUCCUCAUUUUAAUGCUGAAUCAUCAGUUACUAAGAUAGAUUUUUUUUCCAAUUAAUUUCAACAAGCGUUUGUUGGUAACACUGUACAGUCAAGGAUUGUGCAGUGCUAGUUGUGUGGGAAAGUAAAGUGAGGAAGCAACUAUGGGACUGGUCCUUAAUUUUGUUCGUGUUCCAGAUUUUUUUGGUGUUUUCAAUAACUGACUAUAAAAUGAUUUUAGAGACAUUUGGGACGGACGCUUUAAACUGAACACCCCUUUUGGUCUUACCAAAGGUCUUCAGUAAUUGUUCUUUUCUUUUUCCUCCUGGACUGCAGGUUCCUGAAGAGGGUUUCUGAGGAAAUGGGCAAGAUGUUGAAGGAGGUUACAUGCAGCUGCUUUUGGGGGGAGGGUAUUAGAGUUUGUCAGGCUCAAAGAGAGAGUGAGAGAAGCAAGUUGCAUGAGUGCAUGCAGACAUGAUUAUUUUUUACUAACUUCAUCAGCAUUUCCAUACAUUGUUUUUAAAAAUCAUUGUAGUACUACUCCUUAAAUUCCUCGUUCACAAUUAUUCACGUGAAGAUAAAAAGCCAACAAUGGCUAACCUUUUUUCCAUUUAUUUUACUGAUGUCCAAAUCAGGAAAAAUACAGAGCUGUCAUUAAAUUUGUCUUGCCUUUGGCUGUCCCAACAGGACUGUCUCCACCCCAGCUCUGUUUUAAUUGGCUUUUAGACUCGUUGUCUGUUAGAAUCCUUGCCAUUUGUCAGUGUCUGCCUGUGCCACCUCUGUGCUUGCUUAACAUCCUGUUGCAUGUCUAGAGUGAUCGGGCUAGAUUUUUCAGGCAUGUCUUUAUAAUCCCUUGUUCUUGUCGAAGUCUUUGUUUUGUUUUACAUUUGUAGCGCAAAUCACUUUGUCAGGCAUCUCCAGCACUAAUGUUUCCAUCCUAGUAUUUGUGUAUGCUGCUAUAACUUCCCCACUGCAAAACAUUCCAGUUUUGACAUUAUGAAGAAGUAGUUUGUGAACCUGAAGUAUUUAUGAUAAGAAAAAGAAAACAUCUCUGCUCUAACCUAUAGCCCCAUUGAAAGAACUCUUUGAAAUGUGAUACAUCUUCAGCACCUCAGUCUGGGAAGAAUCUAUAGUCAGCACUGAAAUCCUGGCAUAAUAAACACAGAAGAUACUCACCACCUCAAGACAAAGGACUGUUGUCAGAAGUCAGCUGCUUCCAUUCAAAUGCUGCCUUAAACUAGAGUGCCUAAAUCUGUUGAUUGCCAACACUACCACUACAGUAUCCCACAAAGGGCUUUAUGUGUCAGCUCAGUGCGACCUCCUUCAACUCGGCAGUGCUGCUGCAGCUGCUGAUACAGCCUCAGUAGGUGGCUUUUAGAGCUCUACCACAUUUGAUGGUGCAUCUUCAAAUUUUUGCAUCAAGCUAAAGACAUGUCCAAGUCCAUUUUACUUUACGCUGUGUUUUUAUGAGAAGUUUUAUGGACUGCUCUCCUCAUUGUCUUUUAAUUUGGGGUUACUGUGUUCUCAUUUGAUUAUUACAAUGAUAGUCUGUUUCCAAGUGAUGCUUUGGUUUGAACCAGAUAAAAUUUAGUGAAACUUUGUAAUGAUCUAUGUGCACUUUUACUUGUAAAAUGGAAAUUCCUGUAUGUUUAUACUUGUAAAUAUAAUUGUCGUUAGUGCCCCUAUUGC